AUUCACCAACAGGAGCCCCGCCGCCCCCGUUUCUCAGCUACUCCCCCGUGCCCUGGGCACAAAGUGAACUGCCUGCACAGUGACUGUCAGACCAGCCUGGGGGUGGACAGUGGGAGGGCUGCGUGCUGAGAAGGGCCCAGAGUCUGCCGAUCUUUGGACAGAGGGGUCCCUCUUGCCCCCCUGCAGGUGCUGGUCCCGAGAACCUGGCGGAUGGAGGUGGGUGCACGCCCCGCCCCCGCCGGGGGCAGGAAAGCUCCGGCCCAAGCAGGGGGAGGAGCUGCCGCCCAGGUGGGGCAGGUGGAGAUCCUGGGCUCAGGUGUGUCCCUUGCAGAGGGAGGUGAUUGUUUCCUGACCGGCGCAGGCGGGGCCAGACGGACCCUUGGCCCCAGGAUCCAGCUCUGGGAAGCUGGUUUUGUCUCCCAGACUCUGCCUCGGAGGAAAGCCAUGGAAGGGGAAGGGUUAAGAAAUUUCAAGGAACUUCGAGCCAAAUUUCAGAAUCUUGAUGCGCCAUCUCUUCCAGGACUGAUUCAAUUCCCAGCAGGUGUUUCUCAACAGGGUGACAUUGGAAGCAAACAGUCCACUAAGACUUUGGCCAGUGGGAAGCCCAUCUUGUCCAGCCACAAUCAGCCCCCACCAAAUUGUGCCGGUGGUGAUCCUCAGCCUCUUAAACCCCAGAAAGUGAAGCUGGCUCAGAGGAGUGAGAUUCAGAAAUGUUCUAAUUCCCAAGAACCUCCGGGAAUGUCUCCUGGUUCAGCUGUGAAUUCACAGAAGGGUCCUCUGCUGUUAGAUAUGAAUCAGUCAGAUGCUGAGAUAACCAGUAAGAAGAAAGCAAUGCUGAACAAUAGCUUCAGAGACAAGCUCUGGAACUGGGAGGUUUUAUCUCAGCAAGGGGAGAUGUCAUCAGCCUUUGUCCUUGCCGAUGGUGGAAGUAGGGCCUUCCAUCUGGAAGAGCAGAACAGCAUGGGGCUGACUCCAGAGGAGCCCAGGAAAAUGCUGGAAAUACAAGGAUCCCAGACGCUUCCUUCCCAGAAGCUCUUGAUGGCCCAAGGAAAAUUGUGCACCGCCUCUAAGGAUCCCACUCUUCCUUCUCCACGUGGCAGGAAGGGCCAAGAAAACCCCAGUCCUGAGAGGAGCCCAGCAGGGAGCACCUGCCACCGUCUCUGUGACAGUGAGCUCAGCGGCCAGGCCCCAGAGAAACAGCCGGAUGUCAGGCGUCCACAACUUCCCAGUACCAAGCCACUGCCUUCUGUCAAGUCCCUGGGUCCUCCUCCACCAAAGCCGCCAAAGCCCCUGGUCGUGAACCUCCAGGCCUUCCAGAGGCAGGCAGCUGCUCUUCCCACGACCCACAGGGAAGCAGCUGUAAAAGAAGAUGAUGUGCCUCCGGAGAGUGCUGAACUGGAAGAACCACAUAAUUACGAGGCCACCAUUUCAUAUCUGAGACACCCUGGCAACUCCAUUAACCUGUGCACCGCCGAAGAAAUUGCUGAUUCAACGUAUGAAGUUAGAAUUGAAGAACUCCAAAAGCCUUGGAAGAGUUUUCUCCAUCAAGAACUUAGCCCCAAACAAGAAGAUGAAGAUAAAAAAAUGAAGGAAAAAGAGCCUUGUGAAUUAGAACCUGGAAAAACAGAAAAGGAUCUACAUCCCAACCAUCUUUUCAAGGUGGACGCCUGUGAAGGGACGCCUGGAAGAACCCAGAUGACGAAAGUCCACAGAGGUGAGAGGAGCGCGCUGGCCGGGAAGCAGGACGCAGGGACCGACGCCGACAUCCUCCAGACAGAGGCCUGCCCCGAGGAGCCCGCGCUGGCCAGGCGCUCCCCCGGCCACUGUGGGUAUGUGAAGGCCUUGGAAAUGACUAAAGAAGCCCCAGGUCAAGGAGCCUGUACACCAAAUUCCCUUUCAGAGACAUAUGAUGACGUUGAGUGCCUCGGGAGAGAAGGGCUGAAGUCGGACUACUCUAACUCAUUGGCUUCAGAUAAUGAAGACAAUAGUGAAGAAAUGUAUGAAGACGUCUACAAAACAAAGAGCAGCUACCCUAAGAUAGAUUUAGAUGGAAAAGCAGCACUUAAAAGACUGCAGAGAUUCUUCAAGAAAGAAAAGGACAGAUUUAAAAUGAAGAAAAACAAGUUAAAAGAAAAUACAAGUGCGUUUUCCAUUUCGCUGCCUGAUGUAGAAUUUUGGUCUCAGGAAGUUAUUGUCUAUGAUGAUGUGGACGUAAAUGAAAAAAAGUCAAAGUAAGUCAAUUUACUUCACUGGUCAUCCUUGCUGGUACUUAACACUGCUGAUGCUUUGUUAAAUACGGUCAGAGGGCCAUCUCAGGUCCCUGGAGACUAGGUGAAAAGUCAAGUUGUGAUAUAUCCCCCCCACCCCGAGGAAAGGAAAACAGUGAAUAACGUCCAAGACGGAACAGUG